GUCGACCACCUAGAUCGGCAAGAUGAACAUCAGCCUAACAUUGGCCGUGAUCUGACAGGCAGUGGUGUACCCUCUUCUGGCUUUGGUAGGCCGACUUCCGCUUCCGCUUCUUCCAUUAGUACCCCAGCCACCGAUUCAUCCUCUUCCUCACCCAGUGCUCCAAGUGGAUCAUCUCCUGGCCGUUCGGUUUACGCCCGUCCUCCAGCGGGUGGGCCUAGUUCUCGUAGCCGAAAUUUGAUAUCUGCAGGCGGACCGAUGCCUGCGGGACAUAUCGCUUUACCUGCCGAGGGCAGUGGCGCAGACAAGUACCUAGAAGAAUUGACGACAAAAUAUCGCCUGGGGAGCAAAAUUAAGGAGAGUGCGGCGACAGCAAAGGCAAGCAAGUGGAUCACGCCGCCGAGAAACAUGCGCAGCAGCGGGGUAAAUACUCAUUUUUGUUUUUACAAUUUACGAUUACAUCUUCUAGCGGAGAUGAAAGGUUUCGUAAUUCAUGUGUAUCACGCAGCAUUCCACUAGAGGCAGAAGUUUAUGAACCUCGGGCCUUUUAAUUUAGAGUAUGAAGUGUGAAGAUGUUCAAUAGUUGAGCCUUCAUUUUGAUGAAUUAUACGUACCACGCACAGGUAAGCAGAGCCUCAGCAGUUCGAAAUGAGGAGUUGGACGGUUUGCUUGCAUCUAUAGGCGAAGUAGAGAAAAAUCGAGUAAGUGGGGAUGGGAAAGGAAAUGAGGCGUGGAAGGACAGCGCACAGAAACUGGCUGCUGGCAUGGCAAGAUAUUUCGAUAAGUAUCCUGAAGACGCAGAAGCAGUCGCUCGCAAUCUUCCGAAACAACACGCUUCCGACGGCAGUGUGGUCGAGCUUUCACCAGUUAUUGUGGGAACGAAAAAGCCAGAACAUGGUACAUCUUCUAUUGAGGGCUCGUCAGCGCAAAAGCAAGUACUAGGCGGAAGCAGUACUCGAGAACUCUUGCAAGAGCAUGCGACGCGCAUCGGCAAAAUGAUGAAGCAACAACAACGACAAGGAAGCGUUGGUUUGGCAGACAUCAGACGUCAAGAAGUGAAUAUUCCUCGAUUGCAAGCAGAUCCUAGUGCAAGAAUCUCAUCUAGCCAUAAAGAAGCUGUUCAUCCUCUCUUUCCACAAGAUAAUAACAACUAUGUGGCCAGAGCAACUGCUUCUAGAGGUAUUAACGACAAAGUUGACCUCGAGGUGCAGCAGCCUGCAGCUGAAGCUGUAUCGACGAAAAUGCCUGUGAUGCCAGAUACCAAUGCGCAGAUGCCAGUAGCACGUCUUCGCGCCGCAGCAGCCUCCCAGUCGCGUUUGCAGGGUCUAGUACCAGGUGCAGACACUACAAGAAAGGCAGCGCAUGACGAUGACAGGUGGCAAUGAAUAAUACUUUGCACGGCGAAAAAACAAUAUGCAGUGGAGAUGUUGAUGACAAGCGGCGAACGUAAGCUCAAGUCGUAAGCUUCCAUCCUUUCUUAUUUUGUCACGUCUAUAAUUUUGAAUUAGAUGCUGAUACAAGGAGUUUGAUAUGUCAUUCUUGGUAAUUUGUGCUGGUUUUGUCGUGUUAUUGAUUCAUCAAGUUGUAAGCGUUGUAAUUUUGGAUUGUGAACAUGCCAACUAGCAGUUUUGAGAGUACUUCCAUUAUUGGUUUUCUAGUGCUUCAAAUACAAAGAAGCGAUAGGCAUGUCAUACUGUCGAUUUGUAGAAUUAACUUUUCGUUUUUAACAGAGUGAGAAUAUAGAACAAACUGAGAAUAUAGAAGUUAGAUGAUAAGUGUGCAGUGGUUCUCUAUCCUGAAGGUCUAAGUAUCUAUCUUCAUCUUGUAUUGGAGAAAGCUAUGAAUACUUUCUUCUAGUCACUCAUAUGAACAUCUUACGUACAACAUGACAUGACAAGACCCUAAUUAUACCGUUUGAGAAAUAUCGAGUUCGAGAAUACAGUUGUAGAUUAAGAAAGUUUGUGAUGGUCCAACAAGUUUCUGGCACAUCAGGUCGUGUGGUUGUGUAAAUAUUCGUUCUGCGAAGAACAUUUGGUGUUUUCAAAGGGCUGCCAAGUGGAGUCAACAUUUUUUUUGGAUUUUUCGAAUUCUAGAACUAGAGGUAGAGCCAAACUGUACAAUCAAAAUUAUAUGGGAGCCCUUUCGGAUUGCAGCCUGAGCCUGUCUGUGUCCACUUCGUGGGAGAUUGAUUCUUCUGAGCAGAUGUGAUAGAUCCUGCCUCUGCUCGAGAACAUGCUUGUCUCUCUAAUUCUGAUUGCAUACAACAAUUUUGAUCUUCUGUAACUGCACUCUAAUAGCAUAGAUGUAGCAACUCAUGGUCCAAGAACGUGGGAUCUUUGUAUUGUUCUUCGCGGGUUUCCGUUUCAAUCCGAAUAACCGAUCCUGAUCUCAAUGUUGUGCAUUGGCGUCUACUGCAAAAUUGAAAUAGCCCUCCGGUCAACAUGAAUGGGAAUCAAUUGGUGCGGCCUCAUGGCCUGGAGAUGGCAUGCGUGGAGGAAUGUGUGCUUUGGCACUCUCGCUGGAU